ACCAAUCCCCGCCCGCCCCCCCCCCGGCUCCAUUGGCUUCCCAACACCCGAAUCCUGCCUGGGUGCUGUUAUUGGCCCAGCCCCGGACCGAGGGAGUCCUCUCUUCAUAACCGCCGCAGCCAGCCAGAGCCGCCGAGAUUGAGCACUUCAGCACCUGCCGCUCCUGCGGGAAGCAGAGUUGGGAGCUUCGGCUUCUGAGUUGUUUCUCUCCUGCCUCGGGUCCCACACAGCCGCCACAGUGUCUCGCCAGCGAGCCAAGAUGUCCAAGGUGGCCAAGUACCGGCGGCAGGUCAGCGAGGACCCAGACAUCGACAAUUUGCUCUCCACUCUCUCUCCGGAGGAGAUGGAAGAGUUGGAGAAGGAGCUGGACGUGGUGGACGCGGAUGGAAGCAUCCCUCCGGAGCCCGGGCAGAAGAGCCAGACGGGAAACUCCUCUGCCAGCUCCCAGAACUGCGAGGCGACGACGCUCAACCACCACGAGAAGGAGGGCAGGAGGCGCAUCCAGAGGGAGCAGUCGAUCGAUGAAAGCAGAUUGAGCGAGAAGAAGGGAGAGAAGAAUGAGGAAGAAAAGGGAAAGGAAGCUCCUCCCAAGGACCUGGCCCAGAAACGAGACACAAAACUGGGGAAAGACUCCAAAAAAGAGGAAAAUGCUCAAAAAACAGACCCAAAAGUGAAAGCUGAGGCCGAGACCAAGGGCAAAGAGGAGAAGGCCAUCAACGACAGGCUGAAGGCCAUGGAGAGAAAGCUGAUGGGGAAGGACAAAAAGGAAGAAGAGAAGAGUUCGGUGGUGAAGAAGGACACAGGGAAGGGAAAAAAGGUGGAAGAGAAGGGCUCAGGGUUAAAGAAGGAUGAAGGGAAGGAGAAAAAGGAGGAAGGGAAGGAGAAAAAGGAGGAAGGGAAGGAGAAAAAGGAGGAAGGGAAAGAAAAAAAGGAGGAAGGGAAGGAGAGAAAAGAAGAAAAGGGCUCAGCAGUGAAAAAGGAGACAGGGAAGGACAAAAAGGAAGAAGGAAAGGGCUCGGUGUUGAAGAAGGGCCCAGGGAAGGAGGAAGAGAAGAGUUCAGAGUCAAAGAAACAGGCAGAAAAAGAGACAAAAGGAGAAGAUAAGAAAGAAAAGGACAAAAAGGAAGAGGAAAAGAGUUUGGCUGUGAAGAAGUCCAAGGCAGAAGAGACAGAGAAAUCCCAGCCGGAGGCAAGAAAGGCAGCGGAGGAGAAGCAGGAGGCCAAGGCAGCAGCCCAGAGCAGCCCUUCCAAGCCCCCAGGCUCCUCAGAGCAGGCCAAGGAGGACGAAGCCUCCAGCAUCUUUGAUGAGCUGAUCGAGAAGGUGAAGAACAACGACGCGGAGGUGACCGAGGUGAACGUCAACAACUCAGACUGCAUCAACAACGAGACCCUGGUGCGCUUCACCGAGGCGCUGGAGUUCAACACCGUGGUCAAGCUCUUCGCCCUGGCCAACACCCGCGCCGACGACCACGUGGCCUUCGCCAUCGCCAUCAUGCUCAAGUCCAACAAGGUGCUGACCAGCAUCAACCUGGACUCCAACCACAUCACGGGCAAGGGCAUCCUGGCCAUCUUCCGGGCGCUGCUGCAGAACGACACGCUGACAGAGCUGCGCUUCCACAACCAGCGCCACAUCUGUGGCGGCAAGACGGAGAUGGAGAUCGCCAAGCUGCUGAAGGAGAACACCACCCUGCUCAAGCUGGGCUACCACUUCGAGCUGGCUGGGCCACGCAUGACAGUCACCAACCUGCUGAGCCGCAACAUGGACAGGCAGAGGCAGAAACGCCUCCAGGAGCAGAAACUGGCACAGGAGCGCGGAGAGAAGAAAGACCUCCUGGAGGUGCCCAAGCCUGGAGCCCUGCCGAAGGGCUCCCCCAAGCCGUCGCCACAGCCUUCCCCCAAGGCUUCCCCCAAAACCUCGCCCAAGAAAGGGGGAGCCCCCUCUGCGCCCCCCCCGCCUCCCCCUCCACUCGCCCCACCGCUGAUCAACGAGAACCUCAGGAACUCGCUCUCUCCAGCCACCCAGAGGAAGCUGGGGGACAGGGCACUGCCAGUGCAGGAGAAGAACUCACGGGACCAGCUGCUGGCGGCCAUCCGCUCCAGCAACCUCAAGCAGCUCAAGAAGGUGGCGGUACCGAAGCUGCUGCAGUAGGGCGCAGCGCGGCUGUCCCCGCACCGCCCGGCGCGGCUCGGCCCGGGGCGUUCGUCCUGCCUGGGGCUGCUGCCGUGAUGAGCCCUUGGGGACCCUGCAGUACCCAGGCCGAGGAGCAGCAGUCUCUCUGGGACAGACAGACGGACGAGGGCCCACCGCGGCCAGGGAGGAGGACUUUGUAUUUGGGUUUAUGGUUGUGAAGCCUUCAAGCUCUUUGCCAGCACCGCGCCCCGCUCCGCCCGGCCACCUGGAGAGGACAAGGACAAGGAGGGGUCUGCAGAGACGGUUCCUCACUGGAAUCCCUUGGAGGGGCUUGGCACUCACCGUCCCAGCUUGCCCACAGGGCCCUGAGGAGGUCCAGCUUGGUGGUCCUCGCUUUUGGGGGGGCUGGGGACAGCCAGGUCAUCGUCACAGUGUCACCCUAGGGGAGCCACGGGGUGCAGGAGCCACUGGGGGACUUGGAGACAGGGAGAGAGGGGGGAUGAGAGCAGUGGGGACCCAGGGCAGGAGCAGGGGGAUCAGUGCCACCAGCAGCCCUGCCCACACCUCCAGGGAUGCUGCCCGCCCCCCAAAGGGAGCUUGGGGGGCACAUGAUGCCCACCCACCCCUCUGCACCUUGGUGAUUUGUACGGCUGUGCCCACUACACCAGCAAUAAAGCUCACCCAGCGCUU